AUUCUUCUCUCUCUUUCAGACUGUCUUUCUCUUUCCCUCCUCUUUAUGUCUGUCUCUCUGUGUUAGACUUUCUCUCUUGUUCCUCUCUAUCUCUCAGUCUCUGUCUUUCACUCUUCUCUUUGUCUUCCUCUCUUUUGCUCUCUUUGUCUAUUAUGUCUCCUGAUUCUUUCUCCUCUCUGCCUCUCUUAGUCUCCCAUCUUUUUGUCUCUCUCUCUUCUACCUCUUCCUUUAUUUUAUCUAUAUUAUUCUCUUCUCUUUCUUUUCUGUCUUUCUCCCUUUCUGUCUCUCUCUCCUUCUCUUCUCUAUCUCUGUUGCUGUCUCAGUCUCUAUUUCUCCUUCUCUCCCUGCGCCCUCUUUACCUCUCUUCUUUCUGUCUCACCUUUCCAUCUCUUCUGUCUCUAUCUUCUCUGUCUCUUUCUCUCCAUUCUUCCAUCUCUGUCUCUUUUUUCUAUGUAUGUCUUUCUCUUUCUUCCUCUAUCUCUCCGUCCCUCUCUCAGAAUCAAUCUGUCUUUGUCUUUCCUUUGAUCCUCUCUGUCUACCUCUCUUUCCCUCUCCCUCCCUUCUUGACCUUUCUGUCUCCUUCCCUCCCUCCAUUCCCCUCCUCUCUCUCCCUCCUCCAUAUCUCUCAGUUGCUGUCUUUCUUUCACUCUCUUCUUUGCCUUACUCCCUCCUCUCUCUCUCCAUCUCUUUCUUUCUCAUUCUUUCUCUAUUUCUGUCUCUCUCCUUCCUCUCUAUAUCUCAGUUUCUGUCUAUCUGUCUUUCACUCUCUUCUCUCUCUUUCCUGUUUUUCUCUCUCAGUCUCUAUCUUUUUGUCUCUUUGUCUACCUUUUCCUUUCUAUCUCUCUAUUAUUCUCUCUCUCAUCUGCAUCUCUCUCUUCUAUCUCCAUUGUUCUUUCAGCCUCAGUCUCUCUUUAUUUCUCCCUCUCUCCCUAUAUCCUCUUUACCUCUCUUAUUUCUGUUUUACUCUUCUCCUUGUCUUCCUCUCUUUUUCUGUUUAUACUUUCUCUCUUUUCUCUAUCUUUCUGUAUCUCUCUUCCCCUCUUCUUUCUGCCUUUUUUUGUCUCUGUAUCUCUCCCUUUCUUCUCUCUCUGUCUCUCUAUUUCUCCAUCUCUCACUCUUAUUCUUUAUCAUUUUUUCUUCUCUCUGUCUCUGUAAUGUCACUGUCUCUCCCUCCCCUCUUUCAGUCUCUGUCUUUCUGUCUCUUUCCCUUUGUACUCUUGUCUAUUUCUUCAGUCUCUCCUUCCAUCUUUCUUAUUUUUCUCUUUCACUUCCAUCCUUCCCUCUCAGACCUUCUCUGUCUCUGUCUCUCUCUGUUUCUGUCUAUUUGUCUUCCUCUCUAUCUCUGUCUCCCUCUCAUCUCUCUCUCCCCUUCUCUUCUGUCUCUCUCUCCCUCUCUCUGUCUCUUCUCUCUUCCACUCUCCUCCAUAUAUCUCUUCUUCUCUGCCUCUCUUUUCUCUCUCUCCUUCCUUUUCUAUCUUUCUAUAUCAUCAUUCCCUCUCUUUGCCUUUCUGUCUCUUUCUUCUACCUCUCUCUAUCUCUCCACUCUCCCUUUCCUUUGUUUCUCUCUCCCUCUUUCUCUGUUUCUUUCACUUUCUCUCCGAUUCUUCCCUCUCUCUCACCUCCAUUUCUUCCACUCUGUCCUUCUUUUCUCUCUCUGUAUCUCACUGUCACUGUCCAUCUCUCUCUUGCUCUCCUUCCCUCCCUCUCUGCCUGUCCUUUCUCUCUGUUUUUCUCUCUAUCUUUUUUUCCAUUUCUUCUUUCUCUCUCUCACAUUCUUCCUUCUCUAUAUCUUUGUGUUUCUCUCCUCUAUUUUUCUCUGUCUUCCUAUCUCUCUGGCUCUUCUUUCUCUCUAUCUUUCUUUCUCAUUCCUUUAUCUCUCUGUCUCUCUCUGAGUCUUGGUCUGUCCUCUGUCUCUGUAUAUCUGUCUCUUUCCCUUUCAUCUGUCUUUCUCUCUCAUUCUCUAUUGCCUCUCUCUUAUUCCUUCUUUUUCUAUCUCUACUUUUCUCUCUUUGCCUUUCUCUCCAUUCUCCUCUGCCUCUCUUCUUUCCCUUGCUCUCGUCUUUCUUUUCUGUUUCUUUCUCUUGUACUCCCUUCUUCUUUCUCAGUCUCAUUUCAGUGUCAAUCUUUCUGUCUCUUUUACUCUUUGUCUUUCUCUCCUUUCUCUUUCACCUUCCCCCCCUCUCUCCCCUCCUUCUCUUCUGUCUCUUUCCUCCCCCUCUCUUUUGUCUCUAACUUUCUCUGUCAUUCUUAUCUUUCUGUCUUUCUCCCCUUUCUCUUCUCUUUUGGUCCCAUAUUUCUCCAACUUUCUCUCCUAUUAUUUCCUCUCUUUCUCCUCUCUUUUCUCUGUCUCUCUCCCUGUCUUCUCUAUCUCUCUGUCAUUCAAUUUGGCUCUUCUAUCUCUUUCUCCACCCUCUCUCCCUUUCUUUUGUCUCUUAGUCUCCCCCUCUGUUUUCCUCUCUUUUCUGUUUCUCUCCCAUUCUUUCCUCCCUAUUUCUUUUUCUUUCCCUCUCUGUCUCUUUCUCUUUCCCUCUCUCUCCCUCCUCUCUCCCUCUUCUGUUUCUGUCUCUCUCCUCUUUUUCUUUCUCUCCUAUUCUUCUCUUUCUAUCUCUGUCUCUGUCAGUCUGACUCUCACUCUCCCCAUUUCUCUCAGACUUCAUCUGUUUAUGUAUGUCUGUCUCUCCCUCUCUUCCUCUCUGUCCCUCUCACUCUACAUCUACAUCUACUCCCACUCCUCUUCUGUCUCUCUCCCUCCUAUUCUUCCCUAUCUCCCCUUUCCCUUCUCUUUUUCUGCCUCUUUUCUUUCUCUCCCUCUCUCUUUUUCUAAUUCUCCCCUCUCUGUCUCUGUCUCUUCCUCUCUUCUCACUAUCUUCAUCUCUCUCUCCUUCUAUCUCCCCCUCAUUCCCUUCUCACCUCUUUCCCUUUCCUCUAUAUUUCUUUUUCAGUUUCUGUCUCUCUUUCUCUCCCUGUCCCUGCAUCUCCUCUCUCUUCCUGUCUUCCCCCUUAUUUUUCUGUUUCUCUUAGUCUCUCGUCUCUGUCUCUUUCCUUCUCUUCUUUCUGUGUUCCCUUUUCUCUUUUUUCCUCUAUCUCUGUCUUUCUCCCACUCUAUUCCCCCUCUAUCUUUCUGUCUAUUUCUGUGUCUUUCUUUCCUUCCUCUUUGUUUACUUUUUUCUCUCAUUCUUUUUCUGUUUCUCUCUCUCCAUCUCUUUUUUUUCUUUUCUCCUCUCUCUCCUUCUCCUAUCUCUCUUUUUCUGUCUUCCUUUCUGUUUCUCUCUUUGUUUCUUCUCUAUUUAUCUCUGUCUCUCUGAAUCUUGGUCUCAGUUCUCUGUCUCACUUUCCAUUUCUCUUUUGUGCCUACCUCUAUCUAUGUUCUCCUCUCUAUCAGCUCCUCUUUCUCCCCGCUCCCUGUUUUUCUGUCUCUCUCUCCUUCCCUCUCUUCCCCUCUUUCUCUUUUCUCCCAUCCUUUCCUCUCUUUUUACCCUCUGUCUCUCUUGUCUUUUCCUCUAUCUCUUUAGAACUCCCUCCCUCCCCUCUCCCUGUCCUCUCUCUCCAUCUCUUCUUUCUCUGAUUCUCUUCUUUUUCUCUCUGUUUUUUUCAGGCUCUCUCCCUCUCUGUCCCUGUCUCUCUCUUUUUCUUACCCUGUCCUCUCUCUCUCUCUCCCCUUUCCUUCUUUCUGUCUUCUCUUUCUCACUAUCUCAUCUCUAUUUAUCUCUCCUUUUCUCUUUCCCUCCUUUCUCUUCUCUCCAUGUCUCUUUCUCUUUUUCUUCUUUCUAAUUCUCUCUUUAUAUAUCUCUGUCUUUCUCUGUCUCUCCUCCUCCCCUCUAUCUCUCCAUGUCUCUCAUUCUCUCUCUCUUUCUCUGUUUUUCUAUAAGUCUUUCUUCUCUAUCUCAGUCUUGGUCUUUCUGACUCUUGUUCUCUCCUAUGUCUACCUCCUUCUCUCUCUUUCUCUCUAUUACUUUUAUCUCUCCAUCUCUUCCUUUUUCUCCUUCUCUUCCUCCUCUGUCUUUCUCCCUUUCAUUCUCUACUCUUCUCUCUCUCUUUCCCUUACUUCUCUCUCUAAUACACACACACACACACACACACACACACACACACACACACACACA